AGAAUAAUCAUUAUUAAUAAUCGUGAUUAUAAUUUUAAAUCAAAAUAAUUGUGAUUAUCAGUUUAACCAUUAUCGUGCAGCCCUAAUAUGUAUGUAAAUAAUCAUUAAGGAGUGUAAUGAGAGUUCUUAAUGAUUAGAAAUGUUAGUCACAGUAUAAUUAGAAAAACAAUACCUUUAUUCUACCAGAUAACAAAAUUCUUAAAUUUUGUAGAGGAAAAUGAGGACGGUUUGGCUGUAGCACAUUUCACUGGCGGUAAUGUAGAUAUAAUACAGCCACUCAAAGUGACAGAAACUCAUGUGAUCAUUAACAUCAGAGAUCUCAGCCGUUUUGGGCUCACCUGGAUUAAAACAAUAUUUGGCUUCCCCAUUGAUGGCCAGGUUUUGCACUUUCUUCGACCAGUAACUGUUGAACAGGAACAGAAAAUACUUAAUGUCCACUUGCAUCCGGGGAAUGUUCCCGUAACUGAGGUCCAGCGUUUGCACCACAAUAAGUCAUACAUAGAGACAAGUUCAAAAUGUUGUCUUUUUACUGACAGAAAAUACAGUCUGUGUUGUCAGCCAGAGAACUGUGAUGUGCAACCAAUGAGUGAGAUAUUUCAACUUGAUAAUUUUGGUCCAAACUAUCAUCCCACAUUUGAAGUGUUUCUGGAUGUCAACAUCAAGGAGGUCAGAUUGGGUGUUUUGGACAAAACUGAAGAUGGGAAGGAAGUGUGGCCCAGAUGGCGAAUCCUUCUUACAGCACCAAGUAAUGGUGUGGAACCUCCUGCACACAGAAGGAUCCCAGAAACUGAAUUUGUGAACACACAUGGAGAUAAACUCAUACAGAGAGUUUCAUCAGUGAUGGCGACUGCUGACAGUUUAAAGAGCAAAAAAAUCAUUACUCAUGAAAUAAAGAUCCAUGUUGCAGAAACACAACAGAAGAAAAUGAGACUCUUGUUGAAUGCUCUUGAGUCUGGAGGAGAUAAUGCAAAAGCAGAAUUCUGCAGACUGUUGAAGAAGAACGAACCUGAUCUAGUAAAAGAACUGGGACCUCAUUUAUAAAAUGUGCAUAUGCAUGGAUAUGAUCUUAGAGUGUGCAUAUGGUAAAAUCCACACUCAGAAUUAUAAAAACCAUCUUUGACGAGGAAAAGUGCUUAAAAUGUGCCAAACAGACGUGACAUUGUUGCAGAGUUGGAGUACUGCAAGUAUUUGGAAAUCUAAGGAAUUCUUUCCACUGCUCAAAUAAAGGAUUUGGAUGUUGACUGGUGCUCUUCUAUAUGUUAAUUACAUUAAUUAAGUGGCAUUUACAGGGUAGAUAUCUGAAACCAUUCAGCUGUUCAC